AGCCGAGGCUCUGACGCGGCCGCCGGGCCCCGGGGCUGGAUACAUUGUCGCGCCGAGCUUCCCCCGGGCCGGCCCCCAGCCAUCCCCGCGCGGCUUCCCGCAGCGCCAGGCCCCCCCGGGGGGCAGGCGCGAGCCCUCACGCCCGGACGGACCGACGGACCGACGGACCGACCGACGGAAGCCGCCGACGGGCCGAGCCUGGAGCCGGGGCUGAGCUGGUCUGGGGAAGCCGGCUCUGCCGCCGCCGGGGAGCAAACUUCCCAGCCGGGCGGGGGCUGGCGGGGGCCCCGUCCAGGGCUGGAGGAGGAGACGGCCCCGAGUCCUCCUCCUCCCGCUCCUGCUCCCGGGUCUCCCGGCACCAUGCUGUCUAACUCUCCGGGUCAGACCCCGCCCGUGCUGUUCCCCAACCCUCCGCCGCCACCCCCGCCCCAGCCCCCUCCGCAGUUCCCUCAGUUCUAUGUCAAGUCGAGCCUGCAGAUCAAGAAGAAUGCCAUCACCGAUGACUACAAGGUCACCAACCAGGUCCUGGGGCUUGGCAUCAACGGGAAAGUUUUGCAGAUCUUCAACAAGAAGACCGGGGAGAAAUUCGCCCUCAAAAUGCUUCAGGAUUGCCCCAAGGCCCGAAGGGAGGUGGAUUUGCAUUGGAGAGCCUCUCAGUGCCCACACAUUGUCAAGAUUGUGGAUGUCUAUGAGAACCUGUAUGCUGGAAGGAAGUGUCUCCUGAUUAUCAUGGAAUGCAUGAAUGGUGGAGAGCUCUUCAGCCGCAUCCAAGACCGAGGAGACCAGGCCUUCACCGAAAGAGAGGCUUCUGACAUCAUGAAGAGCAUUGGUGAGGCAAUUCAGUACUUACACUCAAUCAACAUUGCGCACAGGGAUGUCAAGCCUGAGAAUCUCUUAUACUCCUCCAAACGGCCCAAUGCCAUCCUGAAGCUCACUGACUUUGGCUUUGCCAAGGAAACCACCAGCCAUAAUUCCCUUACUACACCUUGCUACACACCAUACUAUGUGGCUCCAGAGGUCCUGGGCCCUGAGAAAUAUGAUAAAUCCUGUGACAUGUGGUCCUUGGGUGUCAUCAUGUAUAUCCUACUGUGUGGUUACCCUCCAUUCUAUUCCAACCAUGGCCUUGCCAUCUCUCCUGGCAUGAAGACUCGAAUCCGAAUGGGCCAGUAUGAGUUUCCCAAUCCAGAGUGGUCAGAGGUAUCAGAGGAAGUCAAAAUGCUUAUCCGGAAUCUGCUCAAGACAGAACCCACUCAAAGAAUGACCAUCACUGAGUUUAUGAAUCAUCCUUGGAUUAUGCAAUCAAUGCAGGUCCCUCAAACUCCACUGCACACCAGCAGAGUCCUGAAGGAAGACAAGGAGAGGUGGGAGGAUGUGAAGGAAGAGAUGACCAGUGCCUUGGCCACCAUGCGUGUUGACUACGAGCAAAUCAAGAUUAAGAAGAUUGAGGAUGCCACCAACCCUCUGCUCCUAAAGAGGCGGAAGAAAGCCCGGGCUUUGGAGGCAGCUGCCCUCGCUCACUGAGCCACUCUCAGCACUCCUCCGGCCCUGAUGGAGGGAAAGCAAUAACUCUCUAUUUUUUAAAAGCAGAGACACAGAGCUGUCCUCCCCCAGCUCCUAUUUGCGUGGAGCCCAGAAACUUGUCAGCAGAUGAAUGCUGGUCCUUUAACUGCCACCUUCCCUGGAGCUCCUGGACCUGACUCCUGGGAGGUUGGGAGGGUGAGGACAAGGGGGCAAGUUGCUCUCAAGAUCUUCCUCAUUGUGCAGUUUUUCUUGGCUGAUUCGGCCUUGAAUUUUUAUAAAAUUUCUAUUUUUUUCUCCUCCUUUCCCCCUUUUCCCUCCCAAGUCACAGGAUGAUUUUUUUAAAAAGGUAUUUUGGGGAGCCACUUCAGGGAGAUGGCUCAGUGUUUGUUACCUUGUUCCCUCUGCCCUCCCCUCACCCCAGUCUGAGGCUUCAGUAGACUUGGGGGCCAAGUGGCUGGAAGGCUGAGCCCUGUGGAAGACAGAGCCUUGGUGGUAUGGGAUCCAGGGGGCUUGGCCUCAGGGGGCUCCCCCUGCCUUAACUCAGAGGCCUUGGACAGCUGGAGCUGUGGCCAAGGGGUAGGCAUACAGGGCUGGAUGUGUGUGUGGACAAGGGGUUAUGAAUCGGUGUGCAGAAGUAGUGUGUUUGUGGUGGGUAGGGGACCCUGAGGCUGCUCAGAGGGGCUUUUCUGUUAGGCUCUGACGCAGCCCAGGGAAAGGUCCACAUGUCCAUCUGUACGGGAAGCUGGCUAAGACUGAAACUAGCUCAGGGUCUUCUCUCUAGUAGGCAGGGCUCUGAGGGCAGGGAAAGGGCUUCCCUGCCAUUGGCACUGAGAUAAAAGAGACGGGAGCGUUCCUCUUUCUCCUCCUCCCUCCAAAUCUAGCAUUUAGUGCAGAAUUUCAGAGUCUUCCCUCCCUCCCUCCUCAGUGAAUGGAAUGGAGGAGGAAGUGGUCCUAGGCUUCAGAAUGAUCCCUCUUUUCCCACUUUCCCUGAACACUAUGUGUUUGGAAAAAAAAAAAAACAACCUUCCCUCCCCUUUCCUAACCAGAGGUAUAGAGGGCCAGGGAGUGGGGAGUAUAGUGUCCAGGGCCUUGGUUUUUUUUUUUUUUGCACACCUUCCUCCAUUCCCCCCCAACCCCCUCCUGCGCAGAUCUGGAGCCAGUCUGAGCCCACAAUGUCUGCUGCCUUAAGCUGGGAGCAGACAGAGAGCCCCACUCUGGAAGAUGAGUGGGAGAUAAGGUCCUUUGGGCCUCUGUGGAUAGGGCCAUCCAACUUAACCCAAUUGCCUCUCACCCUUAUUUUAAAACCCUCCUGGUUUUAUGUUUCCUGGAUUUUAGCCUUUUUUUGUUGUUCUUCUUGGGCCACCUUUUAGCCUCCCACCCUGUCUGGGGAUGAGCCUGGCUAUUUGUUGUGACCAUAAAGAUUUUAUGUUUUGCUUGGCCCUCCCUCCAGCUGUGGGACCCCCCUGCCUUUUCCCCUUCUCUAGGCUUGUUUUCUCUGGGUUCUCCUUCUUGUCCUUCCUUUGAGUGACCUGGAAGACAGAGAGGAAGCCUUCUCACCAAAGAUGCCCCACCUCUACCCACUUCUUCACUGAUGGCUCUCUUAGCCCCUCCAUAACUUCUCCAGCUGGCCAAUGGGGGUGGAGAGACACCUCCUCCCCCUUCUUCCCAGUAUUAAGUAGGAGUGGAAUUGGAGGAACCCCCUUAGUGUCUUAGGCCUUCUCCCCCCACUGGUGCAGUGGAGGGGGCAGAGGGGAAGGAGCUGGGAGUAGCUCUUCAGUUCUUCAUCUCCCUCAGGGGCAUAUGGGGGAGGGGCAUUGGGGGAUUGGAUUGAGUGCCUGCCAUGCCUCCUGACCUCCCCUCCCCUCGCACAAUGGUAUGUCUGGCCCUCGGAUUAUUGUUAACUUGUUGUUUUGUAUGAUCAAAACUGUCUUUACUAAACAGAUUUAAUAGUUGAAAGUU